UAGAUCAGGGUUUUGGUAUUGCAGAAACUUCAAAAGAGGAUGGCGAGGGGUGUAGCGACUCAGGACGGCGGCAGAUCCAGAUGGCGGCAAGGGCACAACUGGAGGAGAGGAGAUUCUAGGAAUAGGACUCAGGGACAGGUAGAAUCGUUCUUCAUUUACAACUUCCCAGAGGAAUGGGAUGCGAAGGCUUUGUGGUACCAGUAUCAGAAAUAUGGAAAGGUUGUUGAUGUGUUUAUACCAAGUAAGAGAGAUAGAUGGGGGAAACGGUUUGGUUUUGUCCGAAUGCAAGGAGUGCAAGAUGUUAAGCAACUCGAAGAGAGACUGAAUAGGAUAUGGAUCGGGUCCUAUAAGCUGAGGGCAAGAGUGGCAUCUUCCAGGAGGCAGCGAGAGAUAGGAAGGCAGAGGAAUGCGGGGAAGAAGACUGGGACUGACAGGGUACAGAGAAGUUUUGAGCAUCGAAGAAGUGCUAGGCUGAAAGAGGGCAUCAGAGAGCAGCGUUUUGUACAACCAGGUUUGUCAUACGUUCAGGCGGUAAUGGGGAAUUCAAGGAAACAUGGUGCUCUGGUCCUGAAUAAACAAGCAGAAAAGAAGGAGAAAUCUGCAGCUAUGGAUAGAAUAUCUAUCAUUCAGAGGAAGUCUGCGAGUCUUAAGGGGAAAAGCUCCGAGGAAAAGGAGGGAGCGGUGAACUCGGGUUUCAACAGGGAGGAAAUCAUUGAUUUCUGCCCAUUGAAAGAGGAGAAUGAAUGGUUGCAGGGGAGCAUGGUAGUAGUGGUUAAGUCCAUGUCAAUGAUCUCUAUUAUCCAAGAGAGAUUGGAUGUGGAUGGGGGGUUGAUAAAUAUAUCACCAUUGGGAGGGAGAACCAUACUAUUAACGGAGAGAUUGGCGGGGUAUUUGAAGGAAUAUGUGAUACAACACAAAGAGUUAUUUGAGCUCUGGUGUGAGAAAAUACACCCAUGGGAUGAGGCACCUCAAAAUUAUGGUAGACUGGUUUGGGUGCGUAUAUCUGGAGUCCCCUUAAAAGCUUGGAGUGAAAGAUGUUUUGAGAUGAUAGCAGCUUUGUUAGGGGAAGUAGUAUUGGUGCAUGAAGAUACAAAAUCCAAGUCGAUUUUGUGUGAUGGAAGAGUGAUGAUUUUAUGUUCUGAAAGGAACAAAAUUGCAAAGACUUUGAAGUUGAAAGUGGACGAAAAGUUGUAUCAGAUUGGAGUGACGGAGGAAGAGUGGAGGGCAGACCCGGAUUGGUGGCUGACGGAGGAUGAUCGGAGGGAGGAGGCAGAGACGAUUUCCGAUGAUUCCUCGUCGGAACAGGGUGAAGAGGAUCACGAGCUCAAUUAUUCUGUGAUUCGAGGUGAUGAUGUAGAUGACGUAGAUGACGUAGAGGAGAUUGAUGGGGAAUGGCUAGAGGCAAUGGGAAUUUCAAAUUCAAAAAAAGGGGCAAUAACAGAGAGCAGGGGGUCUGUGAGAGAGGAGAACAAGGAGUUGGAUGGGCUCAAUAAUCAAAAGGGCCUAAAAAGGGAUGCAAAAGAUGGGCCUGAAGAAGAGUAUGGGCUGAAUGUGAGCAUUUCUCAAGUGCAAGAAUCUACAGACACCGGGAAUGGGCCAAAGAUAUCAAUCGGCAACUUAGGUGAUGUGCAGGGGACAUUAGAGGGAGAGUUAAAUAAUGGUGCUAAAUUGAGAACUAGGGAUUUGAGAGAGAAGAAAAAGAAAGAUCUCAAAGCUUGUUACCCACAAGAGAAGCUCGCAGAAGGUGAAGGGAGGGCUCAAGAGAGAUUAGACAGAACCAUGCAGAGGCUUCACCGAAACCAGAAAGAACUCCCGACAGUGACGGGUUUGUGGGUAUCUCAGGUGAAUGGGGACAUCAGAAGUUCAAAAUUAGAGAGGGUGCAGGGGAAUCUUUGCAAAAUGAUGUGGUUUUCAAAUGAAUUUGAUUGGGUGAUGAAGGAAUCGGUAGGUGCUUUUGGAGGUUUGUUGUGUGUUUGGAAUAGGUUAGAAUUUGUGAAACAAAAGGAAUUUUCAGGUGACGGGUUUGUGGGUAUCUCAGGUGAAUGGGGACAUCAGAAGUUAAAGUGUAAUUUGGUGAAUAUUUAUGCCCCAAAUGAUAGACAGAAGAAACUCAAGCUGUGGGAAGAACUUUCGCACAUGAUAGUGGAGGAGGAAGGCGGAUGGCUGAUAGCUGGAGAUUUUAAUGCUGUUAGGUGUGCAAAUGAAAAGAAGGGUAAGUCAAGGGAGACAACGGAAAUGAGGGAUUUUGAUGAUUUUAUUGUGUCAGCUGGGUUGGUGGAUUUAAAGUUGGCCAAUAGACGUUUCACGUGGUACAGGCCGGAUGGAUCGUCUAUGAGUCGGUUAGACAGGGUCCUGAUGUCGGAUGAGUUGUGCAAUAUGGGAAGGGAAUGGGUGCAGAAAGGACUGAAAAGGACUGUGUUAGAUCAUUGUCCGAUUAUGGUCAAAACAUCAACAGCAGAUUGGGGACCGAAGUCGUUUCGAGUGUUCGAUGCAUGGCAACAACACCCACAAUUUAGGAAGGCGGUGGAGGACAAAUGGAAGGAAUUAAAUGUGGAAGGGUAUGCUGGAUACAGAUGCUUGAACAAGCUAAAGAGAUUAAAAGAAUUUCUAAAAGGCUGGAAUAAAGAGGUGUUCGGGAACAUGGAAGCACAAUUCAAAAAUGUUGCUGGAAAAGUUGAGAGGAUUGAUUUGAAAAACGAAGUGGUGGAUCUGGAGAGAAGCGAGGUGAAACAAAGGAAAGAAGGCUUUCAGCAGAUAUGGGACAUGUUGAGGGUGAGAGAGGCUAUAUGGAAGCAAAAAUCAAGAAGCGAAUGGGUUAAGUUGGGGGACCAGAAUACCAAAUACUUCCACAAGGUUGCAAAUGGGAGAAAGACACUUAAUAGCAUCCAGGGAAUAAUGAGUGAUGGUCACUGGGUAGAGGAACCAGCUAUGGUUAAGAAAGAGGUGAUGUCGUACUUCCGCAAGAUGUUUCAAGAAGAUCCAUGGGAUCGGCCAAAGCCUUCAAAUAUUGAUUUCAAGAAAAUUUCUGAUGAGUAGAUGGUUUGGCUUGAGAGGCCCUUCUUUGUUGAGGAGAUUGAAGAAGGAUUGAAGAGCUGCGAUGGAAGUAAAGCCCCGAGGCCUGACGGGUAUAAUCUAAACUUCCUCAAAUUUUUCUGGAAUAGCAUUAAGGAUGAUUUUGUUGCAUUUUUUCAUGAAUUUCAUCAAAGUUGUAAAAUAGUAAAGGGGCUGAACUCUU